UCAGCAAGCAGCUAGAACACAGUAUAAUCGCUCGUUCAUCGAUAUAGUUAGUACAAGCUAGGACAGACAUGGCGGCUUGGGUUGCGCGGCAGCAGGCGGCGGUUCCACCGGCGACGAGCAUGAUGGCGAGGGUGGACCGGCUGGACCUGGUGCUGGGCUACCUGGAGGAGAUGACGAUGCAGCAGCACGGGCACCGUACAAGUACAGCAGCAUCAGGCGCUUGGUCGCCGUCCACUGCUUCGUCGUCGUCGGCCGCCAGCACGCCGCGGGGGAGCAAGACCUGGCGGCGCCGGCCGGCCAAGGAGGCGCUGGAGGAGGCGCAGGCCAAGGGGACCCUCGUCGACCGCAUCGGCGUCCUGGAGGACCGCGUGCUCAAGAUGGAGGAGGACAUGGACAUCAACAUCACGACGAUGAGCGCGGGAAGCAGCAGCAGCAGGAAGAAGAGCAAGGGCAUCAAGAGCUUGGUCAAGUCCUGCGUCAGAGGCAAACUCAAGACUAAGGAGUAGCAGCUUGGUCCAUGUCCGUCCUUUCCUUAAUUUAGUCCCAUAUAUACACACAUAUGCCGUGUACUAUGUAUGCCUUGCCAAAAGGGCGCUCGCAGUCCACUUCAAAGUUUCUUAAUUUGUACAACAGCAACUGGCAAAAUAUUUUUUAACCGAAAUCAAUAGCUAAACAUAUUUUGUA